AACAAAACUCAGUCAAUGAUUUAUUGUAGUGACAUGAUUUCUAAAAAAUUGGAGGAGUGUUUAUUUAGCCAUACAGUGUUGCAGUCAUUAUUUAUCCAUUGCUCAAUCCGUACUUGUGCUCCCAACAUGCAGCAUAUUGUGAUGCCUCGCAGACUCCUCAGACUCCUCCCUCCUCCUCCCUUCGGUUUCUCUCAUCCUCUCCCUCCCUCCCGGUCCUCUAUGCUCAGUUCGGUGUGUGUAUCCUCUUUCAAAGGGCGCAAGGGUGGGAACAAGUCGUCCAACAAAGCAUGUUACAGCGCAGACAUGACUUGUCCGUCGGAAAGCGAGAAAAUCGUGAUAAACUGCGGGGGGGUGCGGCAUGAGACCUACCGGAGCACCCUAAAAACGUUGCCCGGUACCCGCUUGUCGUGGCUCACCGAGCCGGACGCGUUCAACAACUUCGACUACGACCCCAAAUUAGACGAGUUCUUCUUCGACCGCCACCCGUCAGUGUUUUCCUUCAUCCUCAACUAUUACCGCACCGGGAAGUUGCACUGUCCCAACGAUGUGUGUGGCCCCCUUUUCGAAGAGGAGCUUGCCUUCUGGGGCAUCGACGAGACGGACGUGGAGGCGUGUUGCUGGAUGAAUUACCGGCAGCACCGGGAUGCAGAGGAGGCGCUGGACAGCUUCGAGAAUCCAGAACCGGACGCGCCGGAUGAAGACACGGCCCUGGGCGGUGCGGAUGGGGACUUGAAAAGACUGUGCAUGCAGGAGGACGCGAGGAAAGCUGGCUGGUGGAAAACCUGGCAGCCCAAAAUAUGGGCACUGUUUGAAGACCCGUAUUCCUCCAAAUAUGCCCGGUAUGUGGCAUUUGGCUCCCUAUUCUUCAUCCUCAUCUCCAUCUCCACUUUCUGCAUGGAGACGCAUGAGGCCUUCAACACCAUCCUCAACAAGACAGAGAUCGUCACGGUGGGCAACGUGACUCAUGAGGAGAUUGUAUAUGAGGUGGUGACUGACAGCUGGUUGACGUACGUGGAGGGUGUGUGCGUCAUCUGGUUUACCAUUGAAGUCCUGCUUCGAGUCACCUUCUGCCCAGACAAGUUGGAAUUCUUCAAAAGCACCCUCAACAUCAUCGACUUUGUCGCCAUCCUGCCCUUUUAUCUGGAGGUGGGCCUGAGUGGUCUGUCCUCCAAAGCUGCCAAGGAUGUCCUGGGUUUCCUCCGUGUUGUCCGAUUUGUCCGUAUCCUCCGAAUCUUCAAGCUGACCCGCCACUUUGUGGGUCUCCGUGUCCUUGGCCACACCCUUCGUGCCAGCACCAAUGAAUUCCUCCUGCUCAUCAUCUUCUUAGCCCUUGGUGUCCUCAUCUUUGCCACUAUGAUCUACUAUGCUGAGCGAAUUGGUGCCGAUCCAGAUGACCCAACAGCCAGCGCCCACACCAACUUCAAGAACAUUCCCAUAGGAUUUUGGUGGGCCGUUGUGACCAUGACCACGCUGGGCUAUGGAGAUAUGUACCCGGAGACGUGGUCAGGGAUGCUGGUGGGUGCGCUGUGUGCCUUGGCUGGUGUGCUGACCAUUGCUAUGCCUGUACCUGUAAUUGUCAACAACUUCGGCAUGUACUACUCUCUGGCCAUGGCCAAACAAAAGCUGCCUAAAAAGAAGAACAAACAUAUCCCCCGAGCACCCCAACCAGGGUCCCCCAACUACUGCAAGCCAGACGCCCUGGCUAUGGCUACCGCAUCACCGCAAAGGCUCUUAGGAAAUGUCCUGGGUGGAGUGAUGGGGUCUGGAGGCAUAGGGGGUGACUGUCCUCUCGCUCAAGAAGAAAUUAUAGAGAUUAACAGAGAUUCCAAGCAGAAUGGUGAUGCAGCCUCGGCCGCCCUGGCUAACGAGGACUGCCCCACCAUUGACCAGGUGCUGAGCCCCGAUGAAAGGAGCCCUAUUGGGCGAGGGUCUACCCGGGAACGCUACCAGCAGGACCGUGCCUGCUUCCUGCUCAACACCAGGGAAUUCCGUGCCACAGAUGGGAAUGUGCGGAAAGAGGCAGCAGCCCUGGCACCCAGCCCAGACUCCCCUCUGACUGAGGAUUGGUAUAAGAUGGAAGGGUCUCUGUUACAGCAGGACCUCAAUGCAAACUCCACCUCCUCCUGGAUCAAACCAUAGACCAGAGUGUUAAGUUUCUAGCAUUCGCCUUCUCUCUAAUGAGGAGUCAGUAAGCGGUUAACACAAAUUUGCGGCGGAACCCACGUACACGACAGGUGUGACACGGAUGGACAGUUUAAAGGAGAUCUUUGGGGUGACAAGAGAGAGAGACCAGAGGUUAAUCAUGAAUUAAAAACAUCUUAUAGUCUGCUCCUUCACGUUGUUACCAAAGCAGCCUCUUGGAACUCCAACCACAUUUUUGACAACUGACUGACCUUUUUUUCCCCCUUUUUUUCGGCAAACUGACUGAGCAUUGCACUGUCACACUUUGGGAGAGAAAAGGACUCCUGAUGACACAUUCCAGAUGACAUAUCUCUGACAAUAACAUUAUACUCGCCAUCUUGUACGAUGACCAACUCAGUACCAUCUACAGUGCUGAACAACUGAGCAACUUCACAAGUUUCCGAAAAACACUUGUCUUCACAAAGGACUGAAUGAACAAUGUAGCAUCUCUGCUAACAUAUUGUAGCAUUUGUUGGCUGGGAAAUAACUUUACUUAAUCCAUUCAACAGUUUGAAGCGAGAGGAAUUUAUGCAUUCAAAGGAUCUUUUAGAUGUCAUUUUCCUCUUGGGUUCCUUACAAGUGAAGGAAAAAAGAUAUAUAUAUAUAUAUAUAGAAAGAGUACAUGAGAGACAAAGGAUUGGUCUUACUCAUUAAAACACUUGACAUUCCAAAAAAAGAUGCACUAAAUACAAACAGUGCGGAUGAAAAACAAUCACAAAUGCACAGUAUUUUUAAUGACACCCAUAUUAUAGUCCCUCAUUCAAGUUUAGCACUUGUACAGCAUGUUUGCCACUGAACCUAUGUCUUCCAUUCACUUCUAUCAGACUGAAACACUGCCCUCUUCACAAGUACUGAGAUAAUCAAAAUAAAGCACUAAUUAUGAAGUUGAACAAAUGAAGCACAUGUAGCAUCAGCUCACCGAUCAUGUAUAGCAUUUACUGUACAUUUACACUCACCUGAAACAUUCACCAUAAGAAAAUGGUGGGAAAAGACUUAUCUUUAUCUCUCAUGUACAAUGGGCUUGCCCAGAAAUCCACGUGGGAUACCAAAGGUCCUGUAGCAUGCACUUGCUGAAUGACCUUCUGUAAUGUACAGUAGAUUGGGAAAACUAUUCCAUUUAGGAUAAGGUUUAUACUCACCCUCAUACUGCCUCUGUUUGGUACAAAGUUCCUCUUAAAGAGCUCAGUCCUUUAACUGCCACUAUCAUCCCAUUCCUAUAUGCACAUUUAAAUAUUACAAGUAUUUUUCCCAUGUCUGAUUGACACAGUGCUCAGUCAUGAGGAGCAAAAAGACUGACUAAAAGAGACAAAAAAGAAAAGUUGUCAGCCUUUCUUCAAUAUCGAGGGAUAUUGGCCUGCCUAAAUUACAACAAAAACAACAUUCCUACCACAAGAACACUUUUUAUGUCGCAUAAAACUAUCCAUUAGCUGGAAAUUCUGUGUUAUCAUUUUGAAAGGGACCAAUAAGAUAAAUGUUGCCCCUAACACAAACGCUGACACUGCCAAUUAGGCACAAGAAUUCCCAGAUGAAUACUGCCCCAUCUCUCUCUUGUCCCUCUUGCUGCCAACGACUGCUUCACAGGCAAGUCAAUGUCAAGAUAAGGAUGGCCCAUCAGGGGAGCCUUAGGCAAAGGGGAAAAUGAGAAGAAAUGGACCCAGAGUAGAGCAAGUGUGGAAGUGUACAAAGAGAACAAAUCUAUAUUUUGAUAAACAAAUCAACUAUCCAUGGCUUCGGAGGAAGUUUCUGUGCAGAAAAGGUCCAGAAUGGAAGAAAGAAAGAAAAAAAAAAUCAGAUGCAAAUGUUAAUAGAAAAUUUGGCAUCAUGAAAUGAAAUCAAAGUCCUGGAAAAAGAUGGGAAGUGGAAAUUUUGUCACCAGGAAAUUUUUUUUUUUUUUUUUGAAGAACAAUGAGCAAUGACAGACUCUUGCCUAUAAAGACACGGCGAUGACAAAGGAUGGACGCUGAGAUAAACAAAUGAAAAAAAAAAAGAUAAUGCAUUUUUGUAACUUUGUUUACCAGCAUGAAUACUUUGCAUGACUGUCUUUUCUGCAAGCCCUUAGUUGAAGACAAGGGUGCUAGAGAUACAAAAAAGUAUAUAUAAAAUGAAUUAAAAAAAUGUUAUAUGCAAUUAAUGUUUUAAAAAAAGAUUAUAAUGAAAGAGAAGAGCUAUAUUUUGUUUUGAAAAGUAAAAAAAAUGUGAAUAUUGAAACAUGUAUGUUUGCAAUGUACACCCUGAACUAUGUUUUGUUUGAUGAAAUCUCUCUGCUACUACUGCCCUACAUUCCUCAUUCCAGUGUUUUCAACCUCUGUCAUAGUUUUACUUUGCUAUGCAUCGAGCAGUAUAUUUUCUAACCAUUCAAUCCACAGCGACCAUUCAAGACUUUGCCAAACUAUAGCAUUUGAGCAAAGGAUGUUGUUAAAAAUCUCUGUUUUCCUCAUUUAAUCACUUGCACAACUACCGUAGCAGCAGCAGCAACAGCAGCAACAGUUCUAAAACUACAGCUCUCCAUAUCACAACUUUGACUGCUUGAUUAGUACUCAUAGUUUGCUUUUUUUCUUUGGCAAUAAUACAAGAGUUGUCACAUGAUUGUAGCAGGGCAAACGGAGAACCUCGAGAGUAUCUUCAACGCCUCAGUGUUAAAGAGUUUCGUAAUGGCCUUGGAUGUCCCGUGGCAGGAUUUUUCUGGGAUAGGCAGUUCUGUUCCACUAGUCCUAAAUAGAAAUAUGGGAGUACAAGUGCAGGCUAUCCAAUAAAGACCAAUAACAGACUAUGAAAUAUACUAUAUAGGCGAACAAUCAAGAGAGAUUUCAGGUUUGCAUGGAACCAACUGCCAUUCCAAAGUUUGUGUGUGGUUUAAAGGACUCAGGUGUGUUGAUGGUGUGUGUGGAUGUAGGUGUUUUGCUAUCUUCUUUCUAACAUAAUAAAUUCUAGUAUAUAGACAACGAUAAUGUGAACACCUCACAGUGACGUGUAAAAAACGCAUGCAUUAUGACUUGAUAAUCUCUCGAGGGGGAACAGAGUCUUGACAUAUCCCCUUAGCCUCCUAUCAUUGUUUGUCAUGAAUCCAGUCUUGAUAACUAUGAACACUGUGCCGUGUCGUAGAGCAGAAACGUCUUCCUCCGAGAGGUAACUGAAAACUACUCACACUCACAGUGUCAGCAUGAGUGUGUAGAGGUAGCUCGUCUUCGUUUUUUAGAUGGUCAGGUCUUUGCAUCCGUCGUUACCCAUGGAGUUGCCGUCAUCCAGCUGGCUAGUUGGCAGCUCACUACAGCACACAACACAGUCAUGUGAGCACCAAUCAAAGAGACCCAGAGCUUCCAAAAUGAUGUCAGUGAAGUACUUUAUGUGUUGCGAGAAAGAGAGGAUGAGAAUUACCAGUGUCCACAGGGGGGAUUGACAUAAAACAAUAGUCUUGCUAAAAAAAGCAUCUCAUUGUUGAGUGCUCUCCAAGCACCUCAACCUUGGUUUGGUAUUCAAAGUGAGUUUCAGGCCCUGCUGGUCCAGGGCUCAGCUCAGGCAGCUGAAUGGUCCUCUGUCCAUUCCUAGUACAUUGCAGUUGGAUGUUCACCAGAAUAUGAGACUCAAUUGUGUGAUGUAGACUACAUAGACUAUUCAAGGUUUUACAGGUUUUAGAACUUCUGUCUAUUUGCAAAAAUGGUCCAUGGGAUUUUGUUUUGGUCCUGUAUCUUUUGAAACUCCCGAUUUCAGUUUCCAUUUUGGAAGGCAUUAAGCAACUAUGGCUUUGAUGGUCACAAAGAUGUUUAUGAAUAUUUCAGAGGUAAACGUCUAGCAAUGGUGUGCACACUUGCAAAAACGUUGUGCUUCACCCAGCUGUCUGUGUUUUCAUGGCCAAGUGCUGUCUUUUUUUCUCUCUUUAUUUUUCACUGUUACGUUUACCAUUUCUUCAUUCUCUACAUUGUGACUGCUCUGCCAAUACCGGGCUGAAAAAGAUGUCUUUCCUUUUCUAUUGCAUAAUACUGCCAUUUGAUUUAGUCAUGCUGAACAGAAUGAGUUACAAUGUUGAGAGAGCUAAGUCUGUUUUAUUUUCUCAAGUUUGCAAUCUGUUAACAAAAUGUUAUAGAUUUCCUGUGUAACACUCACAUAACCAAAAUAACAGAAAUGCUUUACGUGGUAAGUCGGUGCCACUGUUUCACUAACUGUGUCAUGACAGUAUUAUGACAUGUCCUCUCCAGGUGUUUGGAAGGUGUUGUGUUAUUCUCUAUGAUAUCCAUUUAAUUUCUUUAUGUGCCUGUUUCUGUUGAAUAUGUUUUCUGUUUUUUUAAUUGAGGACAUUGUAUGCAAUCUGCACCACAAAUGCCACUGAUCGACACUUACUGUAUGCUCCCUGAGACACAGAUGUUCUGUCAUCAGUUCAGAUGAUUGCAACCACAUAUGUAGUGGCUUUAUGGCUUUCCAUAGAGUGAAUUAGCAAUCACACAAAUCUAAAAAUAUUUUAUUUUACAAAGUGUUAAGACCAGAGUUGUUUAGAGGAAAUGUUAUCAUACUGAAUAGAUUUUUCUUAUAUAUUUAAUAUCUUAUUUUAAUUAGAAAUUAUGUAACACCACAAAAGUCAUGUCCAUAUAUAUACAUCUAAUAUUACAGACUAACACCAUGCAUUUACGUAAGCAUUCCAAAGAUAAAAGAUGUGUGUUCAUUUUACAUGCCAUCAAAUUGUAUAAAACAGACUUAGGUACUAGUCCAUUGUACUACGGUCUUAGUAGGAGAGUGAAUGGGGGGAGGAGGUGGUCACUGAGUAUCUGGUUGUGACUUAUGCCGGAUUUUAUUUUUGAAAUGUUGGAACACAAAGAACAACUCAUCAAGAACUGUAUAAAGUAUAUUUCAAUGGAAUGUUCAUGAUCUAUCUUUUUAUAUUUUGAAGAAAAAAUAGAAACAUAUCAAUAAAGUGUCAUAAUUGAACAUAUUUCUACUAUUGAGACUUAAAAUGUAUGAAUGUCAAUGCGACCUAAUGUGAACCAAUCUCCAUAGCAGCUUGAAUGAACAACAGUCAUGAGAUGCUUUUUCAGAGACAUUAAAAUUGCUUAAAAUCAUUGAAAUGAACUUAAAAUAAAUGAAAAAGUGACAUCAA